AUGAUCGAAAGCAUCAAGUAAGCUCAACCUUCCCUGUGGCUAUAUUAUUAGGCAAAAGUUCUGCAAGGAUGACGGCAAACCCAAAAAUGUCUAUUACUUUAAGGAUGAAUAUGGCCUAGACAGUAUCCCUAUUGAGGUAUCUAAGGAAUUGAGGAGUCCUCAAUAUAAUCACCCCUUUCCUGGCCAUGAAGAUAAAGAAUGAGAUGUCUGACAGAUAAGUUCAUGAUGUCACCCUGGUUCUCUUGCAAUUGAACAUGAAGAAGAAAAGUUUACCAUGCCUAUUGAAAACCAGUUUGUCGAAAUUGAUUUUGAAGAGAUAGAGAAAUAACAUCAGAAGAGGAAGUUUACCAAGAAGGAAAGACUCACAAGAUGGUGAGGCUGGAUAUUUGAGAGAGGACGAUUCCAAGCUGUUUAAGAUAAACACCAACUUUAAACCAAUUUUGAGUAAGGAUAUAAAUAUACGGAAAAAUAAGGACGCACAAACUAUUUAUCAACUUAAAAUGAGCAGCAAGAAAGGUUCCAGGAAAAAAUUGCAAGGUCUGAGCUCGUUUAAAUGAAAGAGAAGAAGCCAGGUUUUGAAUAUUACGAAUACGACUCAGCCUGGGACGAACUUUGUCUCAUCGACUAGAUCUACUUCCGCAAUGAAUAAAGAUUCUACAAUUAAGAAGGGUUUCAGGAGCAAUAAGUACGACGAUAGCUCUUCUCCAAGGAUUAUUGAUGUUGAUAAAUUACCUAAAACUAGAAUUAUUAAGAAUCAUCAAAAUAAAGGAAUAAAGUGGAGAAAGACUAGAGAGUACCUAUCAAAUGUCCUGAAAAAAGACCAGAAUAGGAAGAAAAAGAAGAAAAAUAGAAAAUAUAUCAGCAAUUUAGAUUAUUCACAGAAUUAUGAAUACAAAGGAACCCUUACCUCUCAUUCUAAGAGAUCAAGGGAAAGAUAUAGCCAGGAAUCAGGCCGUAGUGUUGAUGAGAGAAUGCAGAAAUAUCUCCAGAUUGCUAAAUAAGAGAGCCAACAUUAAGAAGGAUUUGAUAAACCAUGAUAUCUCAGAUUUGACAACGGCAAAGAGCAUGCCUAAAAGGUCCAACGAGAGAUCUCUGGAACCUAAGAAUUCAAAAUCUAUAACUUUAGAAGGAAACCCAAUGAGUCCGGAUUAUUGCUCCGGCAACGUGACGAAUAGCGACUACAGAGAGGAACUUGUCAAGAAGGUUGACACAAUGUACGACUCAAUUUACGACAACAGGUCUGGGAAGAGGUUUAUCUCAUGGUAUAAGAGCCAAAAUAAGGGAGGUUUCCCAAAGUUUAUGCCUAGACCAUCCUCUGUCGCCCCUACAGAAAGUAUGAAUGCCUUCCGAGACCUUAAGAAAAUGAGAGAAUUUGCCCGCAAAAAACAAGAAAGAUGCAUAAAGGACCUAUCUACCUUUGAACAUUAUAUAAAGGGCAAACUCAAGCCUCGUGAUGUGUAGGCGAAGAUCUGUACUA